AUUGAAAAAAAACAAAAGAAAAUUAAGUCAAAAUAAUAGGGCAAAGAAAAUUUCAAACAAGUGCAAUCGGCCAAACGGCUGGCAAUAACCAAUGAAAACCGUACCUCUGGCACCUAACUACAUCGUAGUUGCGUAAUGUUUUGAGGAUGUUUCAUGUGUUUAACUAGCAAACCAAUUCUUCUUAUUUUGUCUCUCUUUUUCAAAGGAGAGAAAACAAAGAGAGAGAGAGAGAGAGAGAGAGAGAGAGAGAGAGAGAGACCACAAAGACUAGCAAACUGACAAUGCAAUUGAAGCCUCUCAACACCUUCACCGUCACGCUCAUGUUGUUCUUCACUUUCUUGAUCCUAAUCUUUUCAGGUUUCCUUGAAUUCCCAUCUGUAUCAACCUCAAUCCAACCCUUUUCCAACCCAACCGAGACACUCAAUUCCAAGCCUGAUCCUUUUACUGAUUUGCUCUUGGCUUUCAAGAAAUGGGAUUCUCAAAUGGGUUGUGCCCGGUUCAAGGAGAAACAUAACGAUUUGAUCCGUUUGCUUUCUAACAGGUCUGGGUCUUUGCAGGAAGCUGUUGGUGUUUCUGGGUGCAAUGAGUUGAAAAUGGAGCAUGUUAGUGUUUUGGUAAAAGGGUGGACUUGGAUUCCUGAUAAUUUGGAUAAUUUGUAUUCUUGUCGAUGUGGGAUGAGUUGCUUAUGGACUAAAUCUUCUGUUCUUGCUGAUAAGCCUGAUGCCUUGUUGUUUGAGACCACUACCCCUCCAUUUCAGAGGCACAGUGGAGAUCCACUUCGUGUGUACAUGGACCUUGAGGCUGGCAGGAGGCGUUCAGGUUGGGAGGAUAUAUUCAUCAGUUACCAUGCAAAAGAUGAUGUUCAGUCAACUUAUGCUGGUGCUCUCUUUCAUAAUGGUCGAAAUUACCACAUAUCUUCAUAUAAGAAAAAUGAUACACUUGUUUAUUGGUCUUCAUCACGUUGCCUUCCUCAAAGAAACCAGCGUGCAAAGAGUCUCCUCAGGUUCCUGCCUCACCACUCAUUUGGCAAAUGCCUGAACAAUGUUGGUGGUUCAGACAUGGCCCUUUCCUUCUACCCUGAGUGUACCAAUGAUGACAAUACCCCAAAGUGGUGGGACCAUUUACAUUGUGCCAUGUCUCAUUACAAAUUUGUCCUUGCAAUUGAAAAUACCGUUACAGAGAGCUAUGUGACUGAGAAGCUAUUUUAUGCUCUGGACUCUGGUGCGAUUCCUAUCUAUUUUGGUGCUCCCAAUGUCCUGGACUUUGUCCCUCCACAUUCAAUUAUAGAUGGAACUAAAUUUAGCUCCAUGGAGGAAUUGGCUUCCUAUGUGAAAGCCCUUGCUAAUGACCCUGUCGCAUAUGCUGAGUACCAUGCCUGGAGAAGAUGUGGUGUAUUAGGUAACUAUGCAAAGGCCCGUGCAGCAAGCCUCGACACAUUGCCAUGUCGAUUGUGUGAGGCAGUUAGUAAAAGAGGUGGAAGAAAUGCAAGAACAGAAUGAACUAUUUAUUGGUUUAUAGUUCAAUUAACUUUCCUGGUAUUGGUAACUAUAGUGAGUCAUCAAUUUUGUGUUUGAUCUAAAUAGAAUUUGAUGGAAAAUGACCAAUGGAUUUGGUGGUAGGUGUAAAGUGGCUAGAUUAACAUGAACGAGGAAUGAGGGACAAAGAAAGGGAAUAUUAUCAUAUCAUACUUGUUUUACCUUUUCUUGUGUUUAAUCAUUUACUUCUAUUUCUUUGUAUAAUUUUUAUACUAUGUUUUGCAUUGAUGUUUACAUGGUCGAGAUCAUGGCCAAU